GUCGCGGGAUACGCCGUCGGCUGGUGGAGCAGCGGCGGGCAGCGCUGCAUCUGCUCGUGCGAGGUCUCGGGCAGCGUGGACCGCGACAUCAUCGGGGUCCUGCAGCGCCAGCUGGAUCGGUGCGGGCCCGACCAGCUGACCUCGCCGCCGCCGACCACCUGCCACUGCGACGCGGGCUCGGCCUGGGUCGGCGCGGCGGCGGGCUUCGCCGUGGGCGUUGUGAUGUCGGACCACCCGCCGGCGCCGAGCUGGCUGCGAUCGCUGAUUCCGGGGGCUCGCCUGUACGUGAGGUACCCGGGCGAGGACCUCUGGCACAAGAGGCUUCUCUGCGGGCGCGUACGGGCGGACGGGUGGUCAUGGGUGGUCCUGACACCGACUGAAGACCAGCACGAGGAGGACUUCGUAGACGCCGCCGAGAUCUUGGCCUGUGGGCCCAAAGGCGGCACUCCAGUAAAGUUGUAUGGCAAGCACUUGUUCAGGAUGGAGCACCGCUCCAACACCCCCUACUCGGACUUCAUGGCGGCUGGGCUGAAGCUGGCUGAUGAGUUGGUCAGCGCAGGAGGCGGUGGUCCUGCACCUCCUCCUGAGGCGGGGCCCUUGGCCCCCUUGGCUGACGCCGACGUGGAGCGCGACCCCGCGACCAAGUGGAUCUCGCUCGAGUCGAGGUUCGGCUACGCCGCGGGCGACCCGAUCGACGUGGUGGGCCAGCCCUUUCUGCGCUCGGGCGAUCGUGGCCUGCUGGAGCUGGCGGAGGGGCCCAUUGCCGUGGGCAUCUCGGACACCGCGGUCACAGGGCUCACGCCACGUGCUGGGCCGCUGGACAGCCGCCUGCUGGGGACGAGCUCGGACGCGACCUUCAAGCGCCAGAGUUUUGCCCAGCGCUCCCAGCUCCUCGAGACGGGUGACAACCAGAGGUGGAUGGUGCAGGGGCCCCCGACCAUGCGCUGGGUCUGCCUCGCGCGCGUCGAGGGCAACACUACGCCCAAGCAGCGCCAUUUCUGGCGGCGUCAGGUCCUGGGUCUGGUUCCAACGGACCCUGGGGUUGAGGAGCAUAGUUUCUUGCGCGAGCUGAUCGAGACCGCUGUGGCGAGGGGCGGCAUCAACGUGGCGGCCCUGGAGUCGUUCGAGACGGUGUCGAGGCGCUUCCAGCUCAGGGAGGAGUUGUACGCGGAGGCGUUGCGGAUCGCGGAGGCUGGCGACCACGGGGAUGACCUGGACGAGAGGAGGCUCUUCCUGGGGAACCACCGGAGCAAGGGCCUCGCGAUUCUCGCUGUCAGGAACUGCGUGGAGAGGUUGCUGGACCUGUUCAGCCUCGUUCGCGUCGGCUCCGACAGCUGCGUGCACAAGAGAGGUGGCUGCGUGAGGGCAUCGAGGCCCUGA